AUGCGACGACCCGCCGCGCAACGAGCCCGGAUCUACAGACAUGCGGGUGUUCGCUACGCGCCAGGUCUGGGCGGUGAAUCGGAGAUCAGUUGCUGUGUAAAAUAUAGCGUGUUCGCCUUCAACGUGCUCUUUUUCCUGCUCGGCUUCAGCCUGUUGGUGAUCGGCGUGUGGGCCCAGAUCGAGAAGAACAGCAUCUACAGCCAGUUGAAUAAGGCCUCAAAACUCUACCUUGAUCCCACUUGGCUGCUGAUCGUCGUCGGGAUGGUGACAUUUAUCAUAGGCUUCAGCGGUUGCAUCGGGUCGUUGAGGGAGAAUACGUCGUUCCUGACUUUCUAUUCCACUUUGCUAGGCCUCCUUCUCAUCGCCGAAUUCGCGGCCGGUGCUUUCGCUUACGUUUGUAAGGAGCAGUUGGACCAAUACUUCCGGAAGCUGCUCAACGACGUGAUUGAGGGCUAUCGAGACGACCCCGAUCUUCAGAUCCUGAUCGACUCGAUGCAGGAAGCGUGGAAGUGUUGCGGAAUUAACAGCGCCGAUGACUGGGACAAGAACAGCUAUUUCAGUAUGACGUCGAGAGAUAUCCAAUCCCCGGAAGCCGGUGGUGUCCCAUUCUCCUGUUGCCUCAACAGCAGCGAGGUGUCGUUCAAGAACUACUUUUGCGGCCAUGGCGUCAGGCUGCGGGAUCAAAACCAACCCGGCAGCAUCUACACUGAAGGUUGCUUGCCCAAGCUUCAGCUCUGGUUCAACAACAACGUGCUGCUCGUCGGGAUUUCGAUGCUGGUCGUGGCUGUUGUUCAGAUCCUCGGCAUUUGCUUCGCCCAGAACCUGAAGAGCGACAUCUUUGCCCAGCGGUCGAAAUGGUAUCUGGACCAU